GACGGGAUGCUCAACAGCAUCGGACGCGCAGUGGCGCACUUCCUCCCCCCGCCGGACUUCAACGCCGAGUUUCCGGAGGGGGCUCUUCAGGAGAUCAUCAAGUGCAAGUCAAUUUACGACGUGGACGACGAUAGUUCUGUGGCGGCGUACGACCCGAGCAAGCUGGCGGUCCUGCAUCGGUCUGGCGUUCCCGUUAAUGCCCUGGACCUGGCGGGCGACGAGCACCGUCCGCACUUCGAGGACUCCGACUCCUUCAUCGUGCUGCCGCCGGAGGAGCUGGCCUCGGUCGUGGACCCCGUGGUGCCGCACUGGGACCCCAAGCUCGGCGGCUCGCUGGAGGCGCGCCGGGACUUUGUGCGCCGUCUCGAUCGAGUGGGCCUCGUCUCGUGGAGGAGACGGGAGCGCUGCCGGGUCGGAGCAUUCUUCGUCAAGAAGAAGGGCGAUGCGAUCCGGCUCGCGCUGGACUGCAGGCCGACCAACCAGUUCCACAGGCGGCCACCGAAGUCCGACCUCGCCACGCCGGGCGCAAAGGGCAUCGACGUGCUCGACCUCUCGUGCGCGGGCAUGGACCUCAAGGAUGGCUUCUACCAGUUCCGCCGCGUCACUCUCAAGGACUGGGGGCCUCCGCCGCCGUUCGGCAGGACCGCCGCCAUCGUCGCCCCCUACGUCGACAACGGCAACAUCAUCGGCGGCAGCCCCGAGGCCGCGCUCAGGCUCUUCCACGCGCUGCGCGAGGAGCUCACCUCCAUCGGCUUCCUGAUCCACGAAGAAGCGGAGCCCGCCUCGGACUACGAGCUCGUCGGACGGCAGAUCCGCGGGCGGCGGCGCUGCCUCAUCCCGAGGCCGCGGCGGAUGUGGCGGCUGCGGCUGGCCCUCGACGAGGUCCGCCAGGUUCGGCACAUCUCGCCCGCCCAGCUAAGCCGAAUCAUCGGCCACCUGGUGGACCAUUUCAGCGCCAGGAGGGAGCUCCUCAGCUGCCUGCGCUCGGUCUACCAGUUCGUGGGCGACGGGCUGGGGCCGCCGCGCGCGCUGGACAACGCCGCGGCCGUGGAGCUGCGGGUGGCACAGGGCCUGCUGGCGCUGGCGGUGUCGGAGCUCGGGAGAGGCAUCGUCACGGUGGCGCACUGCUCGGACUCCAGCACGCGGGGCUUCGCGCUCCACAUCACGGACACCGACCCGCGAGAGGCCUGGGCCGCCGCUCAAUACCAUGAGAGGUGGAGGUUCAAGGAGGCUGAUCCUUCACCGCCACCUGAUGAUCGACGAGACAAUCUGCGAGACGCCCUGGCGCCAGGAGCCGAGGGUGCGGUGCUCACCGGCGCCUCCACAGCCUAUGCGCAGGACCACCCCCUGGCCGACCCGCAGCCGUCGGGACCCGCCGCGCUCGCCAUGGUCGAGCCCCAACUCGUGGAGGUCGUCGGCCGCGUUCCCCGGCUGGAGCCUAGCUGGGGGGAGCCUGGCCGCCGGCGGGCCGCCGCGGCGGGGGCCUGGGGGAAGCCUUACAAGAUCCACAACCUCGAGGCCCGAGCAGCUCUCAUGGGCUUCGAGGAUUUCUGCAAAGAUCCUGCCAACCACUCUCGCGUGCUGCUCUCACUCGGGGACAAUAUGUCCGAGGUCUUGGCCAUGGACCGCGGGCGGGCUCGCUCCCGGGAGCUGAUGGCCCUCGCCCGGAGAGCCGCCGCUCUGCAGGCAGCCGCGAACGCCCGCUGCGCCCGCAGGCACAUCGAGACAGAGCGCAAUCCCAGUGACUACGGCUCGCGGCUGCCGCACCUCUGGCCAGGCGAGGUCCGCCGAGGCCGAGGCGCGGAGGGCCUUGACGAAGGCCGCCUCCGCCUGCGGCCUGCCGCCGAGGGCGGCGCCGCGCCUCCCCCCGCUGGAGCCACGGCCGCGACGCCGACGGCCGAGGUGGCGGAGGCGGGCGCCGAGGGCCUCUCAGCCGCGGGCGCCGCCUUCGGCGCCGCCAAGCGGGACCCUCGGCCGGAGCGCCCGCUCCGACCUGCGCGGGCGCCCAGGCCAGAGGUCCGCGCUCUUCCGGGCUUGAUGCGACGGGGUGAGGCAUUCCUGGAGAUCUUCGCCGGGCGCAUGCGACUCUCUGCUGCGGCGGCGCUCGCAGGGCUCACCAUCGCCGUGCCGAUCGACAUCGCAAACGGGGAGCACUUCAACAUCAUCUUGCCCGCAGUCGCGGAGGCGGUGGUCGGCUGGGUCCGGAGCGGCCGCGUCUGGGCCAUGGCCCUCGGCACUCCGCGCACCUGCUGGAGCUCGGCCCGACGGUCGGAGCCUGCAGGCAGGACCGACAGGGAUGGCCUGGAGUGCGACCGAUUCACCGUGCGGAUUCUCCAGGAGCGUUUCGUUCACAAAGUGUUCGCGGUGCUGGAGAACCCGCGGUCGUCCGGCCUCUGGAACUGGCAGCCGCUCAGGAGGCAACUUCGACAACUGUGCUGCGAGCGCCGUGAGAUCCACACGUGCGCCUACGGCGCCGCCUGGAAGAAGACCACUGGCCUGUGCAGCAACCUCCCCAACUUUUCCGAUGCCAUCCGCAGCUGCCCAGGCUGCCAGCGACACGUCAUCCUGCAGGGCUCUGUCUUUGUCGAAGGCGUCGGGUGGCGGCGGCGGACCUCGCACGCCGCGGCGUACCCUCCAGCUCUUUGUCGUGCGGUGGCACGGGUGCUGGGGGAUGCCGCCCCGCAAAGCGCCUUCUGCAGCGCCGGAGAGCAGUUCCUGGCGCCCUCGUGGGAGGACGAGCUCAGGCGCGCGGCCGGCGAGCCCAGGGCCAGCACCGGGGCCGCAGUGGCGCCCCCGGCCCCCCCGCGCCGGGCCUCGCUCGGCCGGGGGCGGGCGAGCCGGACGGGGCCGACCUGGGCGAGGGGCUGGGCAUCCUCCGUGCUCACCGAGGCGGAGACUCGCAACCGUCGGCGCGGACAGCGCCAUCGACAGCACGGAGCCGAACAGCUUGGUUUCCUCAAGAAGCUCACGGUCACCCCGGUCACCCGCCAGCGCCACGAGGCAGCCUACGACGACGCGGUGCGCCCCCUGGGCCGCGACGCCCCCAGCGCCAGGAGCCCGGAGGCUCGGGGCCGCGCCCUCGAGGCGACGACCUGCCUGCCCCUGUACGCCAUGGCCGCGGCUCACGCCUGGAUCAGCGUGGACUGCCACCUCCGGCCCUCAGAGGGGCCGGCGCUGGCGGGCGCUGCGGUCAGCCGGCCGCGGCGAGGGGCCGCCGCCCAGGGUUGGGCUCUGACGAUCGCCCCCCGCGGCGGCCCCCCAGCCAAGAACAGACGGUUCGACGCCAGCGUUGUGGUUGCGGCCCACGACAGGGCCUGGGCUCGUGACCUGCUGGAGUUGCUCACCCGAGACCUCCCAGCAGACAAGCCCGUCUUCCGAUCCCUCACGCUGCGCAGCCUCGCGCGGCUCUACAGAGAGAUGAGCAAGGCCCUGGACUUCCCGAUGGUUGCCCAUGGUCUACGCCAUGCCGGGCCUAGCCACGACGCCCUGGUGCACAAGACGUCGAUUGAGGACAUCCAGCAGCGAGGUCGUUGGGUGUCGCUGGCCCGAGUCUCGGAUGCUCUCCUGCGGCAGGCGGCGCGCAUCCGCGCAAAGCUCUCAGAGCGCGUGCUGCAGGUGGUCAGCGAG